AUGACAGAGCUGGAUGCCUUGGCUGCCAAACACUGCAAAUACGGCGCGGAGUACGGGCUCAAGAUGUAUCGUUGCUUCUUGUUGACCCGCUACGAGUGCUGCCGAAUAUGGCUCAACAUUGCGUUUGAUGAUCCCAAGUCAGGCUAUGAGAGAUCAGUGGACAACUUUGACCGAGUGCUCAAGCAACUAUCAUGGUUGGAGUCACAGAUCCCACACGAAGGGCCUUUCUCGGACUCAGUAUCGCCUCCAUUCGUAUUCGAGACCGGGUUCGGGGCAAACCUGUUCUUUCUAGUGACAACCUGUUGCGAUCUCGAGAUGAGGCUGGAGCUCAUCAGAUUAAUGUCGAUUUUCGCACUGCCCAGAGAGAAUCUUUGGGAAAAAGAUGUGCUCAUUGCGGCGGCGAAGAAGAUCAUCGAGGUGGAGCAUGGAACCAAGUUUGAAGACCUCGCACAGUCUCCAACCGCGCCCUCGUACUCAGAGGAGACCCCGACUGAAGAUGAAGACGAAGAUGCAGAAGCAGAAGAGGAACCCGAUUUCGGAACGCCAGAGAUAUGGGCGGAGCAGGGAGAGUCGCAGGACGGUUCAGGCACGGGUGAAGAAAAUGGAGCUCAUAAGUCUGGUAAGGUUCUCAGGCGUGAUAACCUGGCACUUUUCGGCUCAUACCUAAUGAUUUUGAAUCCGUUCAUGAGUGGGAAGAUUGGAUCAUGA